AUGACAGGACGUGAAUCGAAUAGAAUUAAGGAUGCAGAUAAAAAGCGUGUUCUUGAUGAGGCUGCUAGAGAACGACGUGCCCGGAAAGCUCUCGAAGCCUUGGAGCAGGAUAAUUUCCACGAAGAUCCACAUGCCGACUUGGUAAUGUCCAAGAAACUACCGAAAUUCCAAGACAGUCUCAAAAGUACUAAGGAGAAGAAACCCAAACGUAAAACACUGGAAUCCAAAGCAAAAUAUAAAAAAUCGCUACAACAACUUUUGGAGGAAGAGAAACAAUUGAGACCAGAAGGACCAAAUUGGUUUACGGCACAAGCCAAGCCUUCUAAAUAUCCACCUAGACACUUUUGUGCAGUUUGUGGAGUAUUUUCCAAGUACAGUUGUACCGCAUGUGGCACAAGAUACUGUUCCAUUCGUUGUCUGCACACUCAUCAGGAAACGCGUUGUCUCAAAUGGACUGCGUAGAAAUUAGAAUGUAAAUUAUAUAAAAACUUUAAGAUAUUAAAUGAUUUUUUUUUAAACUCAACGUCCUUAAAAUAAA